GGUUGGGAAACACCAACACCAAAGUUUACAGUGGAGAAUAAUACGUUGGCAUGCCCCCAAGUUAUCAAUUCCAGGCCCUGCCUUCUCAGUUGCUGUCCAGUGUUUUGAUUCCGAAUCAGCCGCUUCCAGCAUCCUCCCUUCUAACCCUCCACCGGUAUUUAUCGGCUGACGGCACGCACAAGAACCUCACCUAGGCCGGGACCUCGUAAAAUACUGGUUUUGAUCCUGCGCUGGUUGUUGUUGCACCAACACACCUUCAACCACACUCGCUAUUUACGUGCGUUACAUAUUGGCCCCGAGAACAGCAAGAGGAGGCCCAGCACAGCGGAACCGAGACGGAUAACCAGCGCAGCCCGUCUCUUGGCGUGCGCAUUGUGCUCGAAGCUCAAACACCAGAUCUCUGACCACUCUGUUGCCUUGCUUAUUUCGCACCAUUGUUAUGAGACGGGGUGUCGCUUGAGUGUCGUACACAAUGGCAUUGGCUUCGGCAUUUCGGAUUCCUUACCGGGAGGCGCGAACUGGGUUUUGGGGGGAGCAAACGUCGACGUUGAACUGGUGUGAAGAGGACUACAACAUCAGCUACUACUGUGCUGAAGUGGUCAACACACUUACAAACUUGGUUUUUAUGUACCUUGGCUUCAAAGGACUACGCAAUGUCAUCAAGUAUGCGCACUCCAAGGUGUUCAUCCUCGUGUUUCUCGGCUACAUUGUCGUGGGUCUCGGUAGCAUGGCGUUCCAUACUACGCUGAAGUAUGAGAUGCAACUCGCAGACGAACUCCCCAUGAUAUACACCAUCUGCAUCAUGGCAUACGUAGCUUUUGGAACCAACAAGUCUCCUGCUGUGAAGGGUCUUCUUGCGGUAUUCCUGCUGGGACUUGCCACUUUUAUCACGGUUUAUUAUCUUUACGCAAAGGACCCAGUCUUCCAUCAGGUGGCUUAUGGUUUAUUGACGGCGUCAACAAUCUUCCGCGGAUUCCACGUCCUGGAAGGUGUGUUGCGACCAGCGUUCAAGAAAAGGAACCCUGCCACGUGUGACCAGCACAUGAAGGAAAUGUGGACACUGGCUCUGACAGGCAUUUUCAUGUUUCUGGCUGGUUUCCUCAUCUGGAACAUUGAUAACGUCUUUUGUCACCACAUCACGCAAACGAAGCAAAAGGUUCUUCUACCGUGGGCCAUCAUCUUUGAAGGGCAUGGAUGGUGGCACAUCCUAACCGGUCUUGCAUACCAUAUGAUUCUCUGGAGAUUGUGGUCCAACUGUUGCCUGGAGGGGAAAGAGGACGAAUUUAUGCUGGACUGGAAGCCGUUACGCACAAUCCCGCAAGUGGUCCCGCGUACCAAGGGUGCAGCUCAUCUCAAGACCCAGUGAGGCGGCUCUGUCCUACCUUCGGUGAAGAUCACUAUCCGGGAUGAUUCUUGAUGGUGACGAGGGCCUGGUAUAUUGCCUAUGUGCCCCACACCCCAUACCCUCUUUGUGGCAAGGCAACAGCAUAGCAACGAUACACCAAGUCGACUACGCGAAAAGGAGUCAAAAACAAGACCCUCGGAUGACAAGCACGACUUCGGCAGGGCGGGGUCAAAGGUUGAGCUAAGAGAUAAAUGAAAAACACCGGAAUACAGGCAGAGCCUCAUUUAUGGAACAUGGUACUGGGCUAGAACUGCUAUAUAGUUACGAUGGGCGUUAGUGAUCAUGGUUCCACAUGAUAGAUGUUCGACUCGCGGACAAAAUAAGUAGGUUGAAACGUAAAACCAAGGGCUUGAAGGACAACGCAAACACUGUGGAUUUUGAUUCCAGAGCAUCCCACUAUAAUUUAAAGGUCUAUAAUACAUACCUAUCGCUUAUCUACUG